GUCUACUUUAAAACUCGCUUGUCAACUGAUAACCAACUGAUUAAGAAGUAUAGAGCAAGACAUAGAGGAACAAAUGAAAAUAUUUCUCUCACUAGUUUAGGAACUAGUAAUGGAGCAACAACAUUCACGUUUAACAUUAGAUUGGGUAGCAGAAUUAAUUACCGCCGAUGAACCUGAUGUGGAAAUUAAAAAUCUCGACGAAGAACCAGGUUCAGGACGCGGUGAUAAUUAUACAUCGAUGCUUUAUCGUGUUCGCGCUAAAGGACGUAAACAAUUAAAAAAAGGAGAAUGGAUACCAUGGCAGAGGGCAAUGAUUUAUAAAGUUCUACCACAAUCAAAAGCACGACGUGAAGCAUAUAAAAGUGAAUUGUUAUUUCGUAAUGAGGUGGUUUUUUAUAAAUACGUGUGGCCCACAUUGAAUAAACUUCAAGAAAAUGGAAAAAUUGUUUUUCAAGGAGUUGCCAAAGUCCUUGCGGCAAGACCCGAUUUUAUUGCCAUGGAGGAUCUUAAAGACAGGGGAUUUCGAAUGGCUGACAGAAGAACUGGUCUUCAACUUGAACGUCUCAAAAUUGUCCUUAAAGCUCUAGCAGGAUUCCAUGCUCUCAGUCUAACACUCAAGGAACAAAGGCCAGACGUUUUUGAGAGAUUAUCAAAUCCUGAUGAGGGCCAAGGAAUACAAGAAGUUCUUUUUCGUUUAGAAAAUGAGGAUUGGUAUCGUCAAUAUUAUCGAAUGGCUACUAAUAAUGCAAUAAGAAUGGUAUCAGAUGGCUUGCCUGAAAAUUUGGAACAUCGACGAGAAGAAGCAAUGGAGAAAUUUCAUGAUUUUUUGAGUGAAGACACAUUUUUCCGUACAAUGUGUAAAUUGACCGCCGCCCAAGGACCACUCUCAGUUUUUUGCCAUGGCGAUUGUUGGACCAAUAAUUUCCUCUUCCGCGACAGCAGUGUUGCUACAACUGAAACACAGGAAGUUUAUUUAGUUGACUUUCAACAAGCACGAGUCGGUUCCCUUGCUCUCGAUUUGGUAAAUCUUUUAUAUUGUUGCUCAAGUAGCGAAAUUAGAAAAAAUCAUAAAACUGAAUUGUUACGACAUUAUCAUAAUAAUUUAAUGUCUGCAUUGCAUACAUUAAAUCCCCAAGGUCCAGAGAGAGAUGAAACAGUCAUGUGGGAACUAUUAAAUGAAGAAUUACGAAGAUGUGGACGAUUUGGAUUAGGUUUAGCGGUGGAUAUUCUUCCAAUUAGCACGUGUGAAAGUGAUCAAGCUCCCGAUUUAUACGAAGGCGGAGAGGAAAAUAAAGAAGUUCGUGUUGCUUUUGCUGUUCCACCGGGAGGUGCUGAGUGUUCACGAUUAAUGACCGAACUUGUCCUAGAAUUAAUAGAUAAUCAUGCACUUUAGAUGAAAAAUAGAAAAAUAAUUUCCUAGAAUCUUCCUUAAUUUAAUUAAUGAAAAAUAUUUUGAAAUUAGAAGAAUAUCAAAACAAAAUUUUCAAUUAACACAAAUACCUAUUUUAUCUAAUUAUAGAUAUAUAAUAUAUAUAUAAUGACAAUCUAUAGCUUAUACACAAUAUACUGUAUAUUUUACAUGAUCGUAAGUCAAUUACAAUUACGACGAAUUAUGCUGUAAAUAGAAAUUUCAGAAUACAUUACGAAAAAUCGAGACAGUAAAAAAAGUAAUCCCUGAAGACGAAAAAUUUCAUUUCUUCGUGAAUUAUUUAUAAAUGCACUUUUUAUAUUAGAUGCACUGUAAAUUAAAAAAAAAAAAAAAAGUGGAAAAAAUUUAUCUAACGUUAUUAUCUUGAAGUGCUUUCUUCUACUUUCACACGACAUUCAAUUGAAUUACAAUUGCACGCAGUUCAUUCUCAUCAAAAACAAAAAAAAAAGAUAAUCCUAUUCUUAAAAUUUUAUUAUACAAAUAAAACAAACUGCUUUCUUUUCUUUUUUGUUCAAUGAUAAUUUUCAUUCUUCUCAGGUAGAAAAUUUGAUAUAAAUGACAACUGUCAAAAAUUCUUAAUUCUAAAUUAAUAUAGAAAUCUGUUUUUUGCCUCUAUUCCCCACUCAUGUUGCCUAUUGUUUUUUUUCUGUCAACAAGAAAUUAAAUCAAAAUACCAAUUAAUUAUUAUUGGUCAAGUGUACAAUUAAAAACAAAACAAAAAAAUUAAAAAAAAAAAAAAAAAAACAAUAA